GAUAGGAAGUGCGGAACUUAAUCAAUAUAUAGUGACGGCAAUCAGCUGUCAACUAAAGAAUGCCUCUGUUGCGGUGUGCGAGCAAGGCUUUAGGGAGAAUGACCUUGCAACCCAAACAAAAACACUUUCUCUGCCAUUACGGUAACUGUUGGGGCCCCAGCUCUGACAGGGAAAGGGAAUCAGCAUGAUGGAACCAGAUGGGGUUGUUCCAAUUAAAUGUAUUGUGAAUGUAGUUCACAAAACAGUUAGUGAAUGUAUCUUGACAUUUAAAAGUCUAGACCCCGAAUAUAAGAGGACCCCACUUUUUCAGACGCAUUUCCAGUCGUAUUCUGUUCGGGUCAUUACGGUACUUUAUCAACACACCUCCUCCUUGCUCUGACGCGUCAGAGAAACAUGGCGGCCUGCUUGAGCCGGUUGCAUCACAUAUCACUACAUGUUUCCCAUGUGGGCAACAUAGCAAAUUAUCUGGUUUCAAAGCUAAAAUUUGAUUUAUUUGCAGCGAGACAUACCGACGAGGUGAGACAGUUUGCGUUCAGGAGAGGAGCGGCGGUGUUCUUGGUGAACGAGAGACCUCCUAAGAGCGGUCUGACAUUGAAUGGGGAAACACGAGACCUGCAGGACCAGCCCACUGACUUGUACAACAACCUGCACAACAACAGCGACAACGGCCAUCCUCAGGGAUGUCUCUAUGAUGUCGAGACCCCCUACUCGGUCGACACUGUCUGCAAUGUGUGUUUCGAGGUGCAGGACGUGGAGAGGUCAUUCAAGGCUCUCCUGGACCAGGGAUGCGACCUGCUGGUCCCGCCGACUGUGGUGCACGACAGCGGGGGAGCUGUCAGCUACACCGUCGUUAAAUCGAUCGUGGGCAAUGUCUGCCACACGCUCAUUGACAGGACUAAAUACGAAGGGAACUUCCUACCUGGGUUUAAUGACAUUACAAAUUUGAGCACCAGGGUUGCUGAUUCUGACAAGUCUGGUACAGUGUCACAUUUUGAUCACAUAACGUAUGCCUGUCCGACGAAUGCUACGUCCCAGGUCAUGCAGUGGUAUGACAGGUGCUUUGGGUUCAAGAGGUUUCUCCUUGACAGUAAUGAAGAUGAGGGCGAGGGUUUUGUCUUGAAUGGAGAUGGCAUUGGGUUGAGGCUCACUGCCAUGGAAUACUGGAAAUGUGGCGAGGCUGGCAUGAAGUUCUCCUUCACGGAUAAGAAAGAACCAGAAUGCAAAUUUGUCGUUGCAGAAUCCCUACCGGGCCAAGGAAGCAACCAGCUGGACACCUUCUUGACGCAGCACGGGGGACCGGGGAUCCAGCACAUUGGCUUGUACACAGACGAUAUCGUUUCUACUGCGCAUGCGAUGGCUGAAGCCGGUGUGCAGUUCUUCUCUCCACCCCCCACAUACUACACAGAGGUCAAACGGCAGGAGAUCGAGGCGGCCGGCCAACGGCCAGAGAGGCUGGCCCAGCAUGGGAUCCUCCUGGACACAGACAUGCGCCACAACGCCCAGGACCAAACCGCGGAAAACAGGUACCUGCUCCAGUUGUUCACCAAACAUGUAUUUGAGGAGGAAACGUUCUUCCUGGAGCUCAUAGAGCGACGGGGGGCCAGUGGCUUCGGGGAGGGGAACAUCCGAGCUCUGUGGAAGGCCGUACAGGCCAACAUGGAGAAGGAGAAGGAGGCGUCAGCGAAGAAUAGCCCCGAUGCUAAGAGCGGCCAUCAUUGACGACGACUCUGACUAGUACUACUGAUAUCGUUAUUUUAUUUGUAUUUAUCUUCACGUUAUUUUUUAUUUAUCUAAUGAUGAAUGUAAGGGUUUCUAUGUCGUAUGGUUAUGAGAAAUGUUUAUGAAACAAAUAGCACUGAAAAGUCAGCUUCUGCUGUUAUUUAUGGUUUCAGAAGAUAGAAUACACUCCUGUUAAAGCACUUCAAAUUAAAUCAGAAUGUAGUAACAUGCAUAAAUGUAACAUUUAUGGACCAUAAUGUAUGACUGACUCAUAUGUGCCGUUCCACUGUUCACAAAACUUAAUUAUAGAUAUAUAUUAAAAAAAAUGUGGAUAUCAAAUAACACAUGCUGAAAAUGUAAACAUUUAAAAACUGAAAUAUGAAAUGAAAUACAUUUUGCAACAACA